GGGCGCCAGAGGUAGCCUCGUCCCGUUCUCCUUGGCAGCGACGGGUAUAUAACGCUCCCUGAAGGGCCCGGGAGCACCAUUCCCGCCUCUGCCUCACCACAGUCAACACAGCCUCACCAGUCAUGAAGUACACGGUGAUCCUGCUCGCCUGCCUGGUGGUUCUGGCUACAGGAAGGCCGCAAGAGGAGAAUUACCCACCAGCGAAGUACAACUUCGAGUACGCUGUAGAGGACCCAGAGAGCGGCAACUCUUAUAGUCAUAAGGAGUCUCGCGACGGGGACGACACCGAAGGCCGCUACGAAGUUCUCCUUCCUGACACCCGCCGCCAGAUCGUCGUCUACACCGUCAAUGCAGAUGGAGGCUUUAACGCAGACGUCACCUAUGAAGGCGAGGCCGUUCUUAAGCGCUAAGACACUCCCAUCCGCUGCCUGAACCCCCACUGGAACACCACACACCGGCUGCCGCAGUCUUGACUUCCAACACAUACUUUGGUUUACUCAUAACUUUUAAUCUGAUGUAUAGAAUCAAAAACGAAAAUUUGAAAAUUCUACAUGAAAGAGCAAAACUUAAUUUAAACAAAGGCUAAAAUUAUGAAAAGGAAUACUGUCAUUUUCAUUUCCUGUCACAAGUCUCCGUUUUCCGAUACCAGUACUACUGGAUUUCUUAUGCCAGACUAUUAUUUUCGUCCUUUGAUAGUCAGCAGACGUCUUCAAGCACUCCCCGGCCAACACACCUGUCUCCUAUACCCAGUCUUGGCACCGUACUCCUCCAGCGAGUCUGCUUCUCUCAAAUGAGUGUUCCAACGAACUCUCCGAAUGCAUGACAGAACGUCGCCCUCGAGCGCUACAAUACAUGCAGAAGAUCGUCCACGACCUCUACGAAUGCAUGAUAGAAGGUCGUCCACGGGCGCUACGAAUGCACGAUAGGUCGUCCACGGGCGCUACGAAUGCACGAUAGAAGGUCGUCCACGGGUGCUACGAAUGCACGAUAGCAAGUCGUCCACGGGCUCUAUUAACGCACGAAAGUCUCUGAGGAGUUUCUAAGCCAUUCUGUUGUUGAUAGUGUUUGGCCCCCGCGUCCCAGCGACCGGAUGAAGGAGAGAGAUCGAGUCAGCGUUCGAAGGCCGCCUAUACUCACCUGCCCGCUUUUGUACUUUAUGAUCUGUUCUCUGCACAAUAAAAUUACAUGUAAU